AUGUUAAAUGAAUAAGGGCAAAUUUCAAUGAUUCAUUUGAUGAUUGCUUUUAGGUAUUUUAAUUACAAAGCAAUUAAGGGAACUCACUCUAAAGGUAACAUAUUUAAAUUAUUCGCUGCUAAGAGCGAAAGAAAAAUAGGGUUGUCAUCCAUCCUCAAUCAUAGGGGUAAACUAUUAAUAAUUCAUACUUAAUAGGGAGAUAUUAUUAAACUUCAGGCAUUUUAAAUGAGGAAAAAUAAUUAAAAAAAAAUAGCCAGUUAUUUUUUCAUACUAACUGCUUGAAUUAAAACUUAUUGCUCUAAUCAAUCUAAAUCUAGUUUGAUAACUAUGGCUUUAGAAUAGUGGGUAACUACUGUUUAAUUUGA